UGCGCAGUGCGCGAGCCCCGGCGGCGGGCGGCGGAGUCUGGGCGGAGCCGAGCGGCGGGACGGAGCAUUGUGCGUGCGGCGCAGCCAGCCGGGCCGGGCCGAGCUCCGCAUUCUCCGCAGCCGCCGCCGCCCCGUCCCCAGCAGCAUGUCGGGCCGGUCGGUGCGGGCCGAGACCCGCAGCCGGGCCAAGGAUGACAUCAAGCGGGUGAUGGCGGCCAUCGAGAAAGUGCGCAAAUGGGAGAAGAAAUGGGUGACAGUUGGCGACACAUCCCUCAGAAUUUACAAAUGGGUACCAGUAACAGAGCCCAAAGUUGAUGAUAUCUCAAAGUUCUUUACAAAGAAAAACAAAAAUAAGAAAAAAGGCAAAGAUGAAAAAUGUGGCUCUGAAGUGACCACUCCAGAGAAUAGCUCUUCUCCAGGGAUGAUGGACAUGCAUGAUGACAAUAGCAACCAGAGUUCAAUAGCUGACGCUUCUCCAAUAAAACAGGAGAACAGUAGCAACUCAAGUCCAGCACCUGAGCAGAACUCAGCAACACAAGCAGAUGGCACUGAAGUAAAGUCUGAUGAAACUCAAGCAGACGCAAAGGAACAACCUGGUUCAGAAGAUACUUCUGAUGAACAGAAUUCACAGUCUUCAAUGGAAAAUUCCAUGAAUAGUUCAGAGAAAGCAGAAAUUCAAUCCUCUGGAGAAAAUGAUAUAACUACAGAGGCAUCUAAAAACUCUCAGGACUCUGAAGGAGUGCCACCUUCUAAAAAGAUGAAAGUAGAGGCUUCCCAACAAAAUGUUGAAGAGAUUUAGACUAUAGAUUUUCCUGAUCAGUUUUUAUGUAAGGUACAUCAGUGGGCUUAAUCAUAGAACAACUUUACUUAAGCAUCUUCUCUUGGAUGAGGACAGAACUCCUAACUUUUCAAGUUACCAAGCAAAAAUCCAAGAAAACCUAGCAAAGGUUUAACUUCUCAGACACUGAAAACUUUUUCCUGUGAAACAAACAUUGAGAACUUUUAAGUUACUGUCUCUGAAAUGGUUGGAGUAAACAACUCAGGAGGGGUCUACGCACUGUUUCUAAAGUCAAAAUUACAAUUAUGUUGCUGCUGGUUUUUUUUGUUUGUUUGUUUGUUUCCAUUUCUCUAUUUAACAAUGUAAGAUAUUUAAGGAUGGUACAGGUCAGGUAUUAGCUUUCAUGUGAAGUUCAUUGUUCUGGCGUGAUGUCUGCUUUUGUUUUGUGCCUUGUGUUCUGAAAACAGUGCUAAUUUUUAAAGUUGUUUUGCAGCUGUCUCCUUUGCAAAGUGGCCUAUGUUUGUAUAAUGCCAUGUAGUAAGUUUUCUGUUUUUUAAUUUUUUAAUUUUAAAUCCCUGGUGCUUAAAACUUAACAAAUAGAGAUAAAAUUGAUCUGGAAGCCAUUUUCACACUUGGAGUCCAAGGAGACAAAGAAGCAUCAUUUUAUUUUUCUGCAACUACAGUGGAGACCUUUUAUUGAAUGCCCAGCAUUCGCAAACUGUAAAUCUGGUCUUUUAAACUAUUCUUAACUUCAUCGGAAGUUAAUAUGAUUUAUUUACCAUUUAUAUUCCAGAUCUGAAUAAAUUUAAUAGAAGUAAAGUAGAUUAAGUAAUAGGUCCAGAUCUCUGUACUGGGUACAGUAAUUGUUUUAUUAAAAAGUUCCACUAUAAAGAUAGGAUCAAAGGGAUUGAUGUGCAGCAUAUGAUUUAUUCUGAUAUCAGGUUUUCACUGAACUGGAUUUCAUUGUACUGUUCUUAAAUAAGAUGUUUACUGAUAUAUUCCAGGCUAUACUGUAUUUGGGAUUUUUUUAAACUUUCAGCUUGUCUUUGUAAAUAAGUCUUAUUUCCAUAAUCUCUACAUUACUGAUAGAAAUUAUCCUUUCUUUUCAAUUAUGUUGAUGCAUGCUUAUGCUAGGCUUGUUUGAGAGGCUCUGAGCACGUGUAACUCCCUUCAAGUCAAUGGCAUUUAGAGGUGCAGAGUAUCUACAUGGAUCGGGCCUUUUAGGGCCUGAUAUUGCAAUGGGUUUAUUACUUCCAGGGAGGUGCCAAGCCCCUUCAAAACCACGUCAUGUCCAUGGUAACUACUUGUGUGACUAAGGAAUAUUCACAUGAGGUGUUAUUCAAAUGUUGCUGGAUUGGGCCUUAAUCUUCAUUCGCUCUCAGAGGGAGAUGGGUCUUGUAAUUUAAAACAAGAUCCCACAUCUCCAAAAAAUUGUGCAGCGUGUGUAAUCUGAGAUCUGUAAAUAUUUUUUAAAAUGAUAAAUCUUCCUGUCCACACAUUUUCAUAAUUAGCUCUUUGUAAACUUGCUUAUUUCUGAAUUCUCCAAUGGUGAAAAUGGCUUGAGCUUUGACUACUACAUUGCAUUUGCAAUUACCACCUUAAUUAUGAAGAACAAUUGGGAGUAGGAGAGGAGUGAGGAGCCAAUGCUGACCUUCCGUAAAAUGUCUGUUGGAUUAAACUCCAAAGUGACUUGCUAUGCUCAGAUUGGGAACUUUUCCUUUUAUGUUGAAAUAAACUUUUUUGGAUCUCAACUAAAUAAAA